AUGAGAUCCCUGAAACACCUCAAACAUCACACCAGGAACAAUGUGCAGGAGGAGCAGCAGCAGAGGGAGGAAGAGGAAGAGGAGAGGGAGCGGGAGAGGCCUUCGAAGGUCCGCAGCCCGUCUGAAGUAAUGGAGCCUGAGCCAAAGGAGUCCCAGCAGCAGCAGCAGCCCCCGCCACAGGCCCAGCCAGUGGAUGUGGGCACGCAGACGGACCCGGUGGUGGUGCUGUCGCUGGCCCAGGCCGCCGUGCUGGGCCUCAUCUCCCAGAACGAGAUCUUCGGCGCCACCAUAGCCCCCAACGGCUUCUACACUGGCGAGCCCCGCGAGCACAUGCUGCUCUCUUCGCCUCCGCCACCUCCGCACCACCACCACCACCACCACCAACAACAACAACAACAACAACAACACCACCCACACCACCAUCAACACCACCACCCUCAUCACCACCUCUCACUACCCCACCCCCCGCCCGAGGCUCUGGAGUACGAGUACGCUGCUGAGAGCACCCUGAUUGGUGCCAACGGGGACUACCUGGCCCUUCCAGCAGGCAGCUCAGAGGAGAGGGGCCCGCGGAGACGGCCGGGGCCCAGGGGCCGGAUGCGGCGACCCCGCAGCAACGGGGAGGUGGAGGUGGCCGGCGGCGGAGGCGACCCGGAGGACCAGGAGCCAGCGAACAAGAUUCAGAUCCGCCAUGCGCACACCCCUAUCAGCGUGAAGGGAGAGGGGCCCGAGCACAUGGCACUGCCCGCCUGCGCGGGAGGCAGCCCGGGCAGAGGUGACCAGCCCAUGGACCUGGCACCCCAGAGGGGGCCCCUGAAGGAGGAGGCGUGCCACAGAGACUGCUCCGACUGUGGGAGUGGAGGAGGAGGAGGAGGAGGAGGUGCCAGCUAUCGUGGAGGCAGGGGGGAGAUGAUGAGGCCCCGGUCCAACCCGGGACGACCCGCCGAGCCGGGGAGAGGAGCCCGCGAGCGACAGGAGGGGGCACGCACGGGCAAAGUGGAGACCAUGGAAGAGGGCACCGCGGAGGACGCUGAGGACGAGCGCAUGCGCGGCUCGCUCCUGAAGAGCCCGGGACAGGACGAAGAGGACGAGGAGGCCGCCGCUGCCGCCGCCAGGGCUGAAGAGGAUGAUGAUGAUGAGGAGGAGGAGGAGCAGAGCAGCGCGCUGCGACGCUAUUACGAGUCCAGCGUGGUCGGCUACGAGGCGGCCGAGAUGGGCCUGCAGGGGGACUACGAGGAGGGGGGACCCGGGGGUGCGACGGCCGCGGCGGCGGCGGCAGCAGCGGCCGCCAUGCUGUGGGCGGACCACCCGGACGGCGAGGCUUCGCUGGGCCGGCGCAUGCAGAUCGACCGGCUGGACAUCAACGUGCAGAUCGACGAGUCCUACUGCGUGGACGUGGGCGAGGGCCUGAAGCGCUGGAAGUGCCGCCUGUGCGAGAAGUCGUACACAUCCAAGUACAACCUGGUGACGCACAUCCUGGGCCACAACGGCAUCAAGCCGCACGAGUGCCUGCACUGUGGCAAGCUCUUCAAGCAGCCGAGCCACCUGCAGACGCACCUGCUCACGCACCAGGGCACGCGGCCGCACAAGUGCACCGUCUGCAAGAAGGCCUUCACGCAGACCAGCCACCUGAAGCGCCACAUGCUCCAGCACAGCGACGUCAAGCCGUACAGCUGCCGCUUCUGCGCGCGCGGCUUCGCCUACCCGAGCGAGCUGCGCACGCACGAGGCCAAGCACGAGAACGGCCACUGCCACGUGUGCACGCAGUGCGGCCUGGAGUUCCCGACGCACGCGCACCUCAAGCGGCACCAGGCCAGCCACCAGGGGCCCGCCACCUUCCAGUGCCCUGAGUGCCACAAGUCGUUUGCCUACCGCAGCCAGCUGCAGAACCACCUGAUGAAGCAUCAGAACGUGCGGCCGUACGUCUGCUCCGAGUGCGGCAUGGAGUUCGUCCAGAUCCACCACCUGCGCCAGCACGCGCUCACGCACAAGGUACUCGCACAGCAGGCCGCUGCCUCCGCCUCCGCCGCUGCCGCCGAGCACAAGGGUAUGAAGGAAUUCAAGUGUGAGGUGUGCUCGCGGGAGUUCACCCUCUCGGCCAACCUGAAGCGCCACAUGCUCAUCCACACCAGCGUGAGGCCCUUCCAGUGCCACGUCUGCUUCAAGACCUUCGUCCAGAAGCAGACCCUCAAGACCCACAUGAUUGUGCACCUGCCCGUCAAGCCCUUCAAGUGCAAGGUGUGUGGCAAGUCUUUCAACCGAAUGUACAACCUCCUGGGACACAUGCACCUCCACGCUGGCAGCAAGCCCUUCAAGUGUCCUUACUGCUCCAGCAAAUUCAACCUGAAGGGCAACCUGAGCCGCCACAUGAAGGUCAAGCACGGCAUCCUCGAUGGCUCGCCCGACGGACAAGACACUCUGCCAGAGAUGGAGGGGCAGGAUGACUACGAGGAGGAGGGCUUUGAGUUUAGUGAGAGGGAGAACCUGGCCAGCAACAACGCACAAGACCUCAGCAAGCUGGCCGAGAUGGCCUACUACGGCUACGGCAAAGCAGCCGCGCGCUACUCUCUACCCUGAACCACACACCCCUGUGGCUCCUUCAAAAAGUUUCCAUAGGCCAAUUGGAGGGAAGUGUGUGUGUGUGUGUGUGUGUGUGUGUGUGUGUGUUUGUUUGUUUAUGGGACCAUCUUGGUCUUUUGCACUGGAGGACAGAAAAACCUGUGAAAGUUUUCUUUGGGAUGGGUGGGUUUUUUUUUUUUUUUUUUUCGUUUUUUUUUUUUCUUCUGGAGUGCCAACUAUUUGUCACAUUACCCUUCAUAUUUUUGUGAACUCUCCACCCCUCCAUCUGAAAGACUGUUUUUUUGUGUAAAAAUGUUUGAAAUUAUUUUUUUUCCCCCAAGAGUCAUGUUGAAGUCUUUGACAUAAGCAGUUAAAUUGCAAAAUAUUCCUGAGGCUAAUGCAUUACUAUGUGUAGUGAAAUAUGUACAGCCAUCUUGAGGCACUUAACAGACGGAUAAUCCAUGGCUCCAUUCAGGAGGGCUCUGUUGGUGACGUCCUCCCAUUCAUGGGCAUUUUGUUCUGGUUUUUUUAUUUUAUUUGUUUUGCUAUUUUGUCCAUAUUAAAGCACAUCAUGAAAUGAGUCAGUAGCACCUCUCCAUGUCCUCUGCAGAGUUCAGCACAGCGAGUUGCUUGGACAAACCAAAGCUGACUAAAUGAAAAUGGUCUCCAACAUUGGGGUGUGUUUUGUCAUUUCCUUUCUCAUUUUUACCCCCUCUUCUGUUUUUAUGUUUCUUCAUCUUUUUUAUCUUUUCACACUCGAUCUCUGUCUGACACACUGUGAUUAUCGUUACAAAUGACAUUUUCUGCAGCUAUUCUGUGAACUGUUGAGGAAGCAAACAGCAUGUAUUUUUUCGAUUUGUAAACUCGGUGAGCUGUACGUUUCUGCUUUUUUGGUGUGUUUAUGAGUGACUUCUUCCAGUGCCUGGCUCGCUCGCUCGCUCGCUCUCUCUCUCUGGGUGCUGGCCCAGAGUCCUGCUUUGUUUGUGUCGCUUCACCCCCAUGGCCUUGUGAACCACCGUGCAGUUCCUGCCACCAUCACCAUGUAAUAAAACAGUGAGGAGCCAAUCCUCCUGGAAACUGUCUAAGUUGGUGGGGGAAAAAUGACAAUGCUAGAAUAAUUGGAGUGGCUGGCCAAAUAGUGGGAACAUUACUUAUCAUACUCUCAAUUCUUGGUCAUAUUUCUCAUUCAUGUCAUCCCACAAACCCCCCCCUCCCCCCUACGAAACUUUGGGAUCACUGAGACUGUCUGAAUGCCAUAUAUAUUGAAGGUCUGUUUUGUAUAUGAUGUUUAAAGCUGAAUGUGUUCUGUAUGUUUCACUUCUGUUCGAGUUUUCACCUCUCCUGGACUUAUCCACCAGUAGACCAAAGAGUCUGACAGGCCCUUCUCCGUUUUACCAAUCAUCCCAUCUGCUGGAGAGAAAGCAUGGGAGGAGAGGAGCCCUCUAUAUUAUUAACACCCCUGCCUCCCCCGUCUAUCCUUCCCAGAUUUUGAGCUUAGCUCUUCUGUAGCUUACUGUCAGCCUGGCUACUAAUAUUUCAUUUUUAAUGAGGUAGAUCUCGCAGGCAAACAGACUGACUGACUGCUGCCAGUGUCUAUCCCUCUCCUGUCUGGCAUGAGCAGCUGCCAUUUCCCAGCCUCCGCAUCCACAAUCAUCCCAGCUCCUGUCUUUCCAUUCCUUAACCUUCAUGCGACAUAAAAUCUUAAAAUAAUAACACACCACUACAUUGUAUUAACUCUUACACCCCCCCCCCCCCUCCCCCUCCAAAUAAAUCCCUUUACCGAUGCCCCCCCCCCCCCUUCCGCCGGGAAAAGGACUGCCCUGAAAACUUUGGACAGAAAUAUUAACUGCCCUUGUGUGUGCGCGCGAGUGUGCCAUCCAUCACGGCUGCACAGCGGUGUGAAGUGAUGAACGACAGGCUGCAGACAUGUGACAGGGCCAUAGACCCAAAAGAGAAUGAUUGGGGGAAACUCAAUGUAUUCUUCAGCUUCUCUCUCCACACUCUGCUUAAGCUUUAUACUCUCAACACCACCUGCCCGUGAGGCAUCCUCACAAAGAAUUAAGAAAAUAAUGUGGAUUAUAGAGCUGUACAUUCAACUAUAACAAAAAGAGAGAAAAAAAAAUACCAAACAUGAAUUUCAUUUCAAUCGCAGCUUUAGUUCUGCAAAGUUUUUUUUUUUUUUGUCAAGUUUAGGUAUGGUAAAGCUUUUCUUUUUUGCACAUUGAUGUGAAUAUGCUGUCAAUAGAAUUCUAUGUUAAAUGUUGUGUUUCAAACAAUAUUGUAAAUUAAUACAUUUAUUUACCUUAAGAAAAAAAUGGUGUCAAAGUGUUGAUUGAUGAGACAAAGAAAUAGAAAUGGAUCCAAACAUCUAAGAAGAUUUAUUAGAGCAUUUUUGAAAAGGCCCAUAAAAUGGUUCAUGGCAAUAUACAGUAUGAGGAGACAAUACAGUACUUCAUGUUACAAAAAUAAAGAACCUUGGAAAUCCAGGGAAGGGCAAAUGAGCGUAACUUGGUGGUGAAAGACAGCAGGACUGAGUUUCUCUUCACAACACACUACUGAUUCUAGUCACUUCUCUUCUUCUCUUCACGUCUCCCCUUCAGCACAUAAUGCAUGUGGUUUUCAUGACCUUUUAAGUUUAAAAUGAGGUACAAAAGAUGA